UUUUUUUUUUUUUUCUCCCCCUCAACCUGCAAGUUUGUUUUGUUUUUUUCUCUCAUGCAACACUCGCCUGGACUUCUCGCUAAGACAGAUUGCUAAAGAAGACAGACGCGAAGCAGAAGGAAAAGCUCAGUCAUGGACCACAGACUUUAUGGCAGCAGCAAGAGAAGGAUAAUCCACAUCAUCAACAUGGAAAAUACAGCUCACCUUCUGGGAAUAGUUUGAAUUGCUCUGUGAAAGUUGAACUUUCUCCCGUCAAGAUUACAACAGGAUAUAGAUCCAGAUAUUGAACAGAUUGACCUGACACAAGAAACCUUCUCAAAGAACUUUUCUCCACUACACUAAUAGUUUUUCUUUGAGUCAAUGAUUAUUCAACUUGCGUCACACAUACAGUAGCAUUGUUAUUAGUGUUCACUUGGAGAAGGUAAGAAGAGAUUUGUCCAUACAAAGACCUUUUUGUUUCCUGCCAAAGUUUGAGGUGGAAUAGGAGCAGCCAUAUAUUUUGUUUUUUCUUUCACUUUAUGCCAGUGUGACGUUUGAUUGAGAAUGGACAUGGACAAUCCGAGUAAUAUAUCUGACGCACAAAGACCAAAGCCCUCUAGUACUUUGAUAAGUGUCUUUAACAAUAUUCUCACUAGGGACAAGUCAGAUAUGCAACCUGCUGUGUUGACGUCCUUUAAGGAAGUGUCAGAUGAUGAAGUAUGUCAAACUCGAAAUGAAAAUGGGCUGGAUUUGUCUCCAAAGGAUGUUGUUGAUUCCUGGGAAACUCACAAGGAGUCCGACAGUCCAUCUAAAGGACAGUUGUCACACUCGUUAGAUCACGACAGAGUGAUCGGAACUAGAGUGGAUACAUAUAGUGACUCUGAAAAUGAAGAGGAGGGGGCGGGGCUUGAACGUAGAAGCCUGUCAAAGAAGUUGUUGAUUGUCAGGAAGCCAACCUUACCUGGGGAUAGCAAAGAUUUAAGUGAUGGAGAUGCACAGCGAGACACCACUGGAGCAGAUAUACCACAGUUUCGAACACACGGGUUUAAGAUGUCACCUUUGGAAUCAUUUUUGUCUGCAGACAUAUCCAGUCGAAGUACUAUCUUGUCAACUUCAGGAAUAUUUAACAGAGGAGAAGCAACAAGCAUAGAAGACCACGGAAGUAAACUAACAAAAGACCGUGAAGAAAUUGAUUGUUCUCGGCCCGUUCCCGCCAUCAUCCUAAAUGAUCAUGAUAAUACAUUAUCUGGAACAUGUGAGCAAAAUGACGAUGAUCGACUGCCUCGCCAAGUGACCCCCUCUUCAAGUCUUGAGGAGCGAUCAAAAAAUGAGGAAACAAAACCAACACUGUACUCAUCAAGUGAUCUUCAGCAAAGUGACAAACUUUCCCCCCAGCAUUCAAUUUCUUCAAAAACUCCAUCCAAGGACACAACGUACUCUUCACCCAAUUCUUUUCAGAUGCCGGCUCUGUUUAGUGGUCUACGGGUACUCAAGAAAGGAGCAGUUGGGGAAGAGAGAGAGACUAUGUCCGAAAUCAAGCAGAAUGAGAAAGAUGCUGACCUGGCAUUGCUCAGUUUAAAGAAAACAGUCAACAAAACCAAGCUCCUACCUGAACAGAAGACAUCAGCUACAACCAAAAAACACCUCGAGCCUAAACCGCUCUCGGAAAAUCUGAGAAACAGUCCGCUACUUAACCUUGAAGUUGAAGCAGGAGCUAACAAAAAAAAGGAGUCUGAGGCCGGAGUUGAAGUUGCAGGUGACAAAACCUCCCAUCCAGAAAUCAGGAAAACCUCCGACUUGGCAUAUGAUACUUUUCGGAGUGUUUUUGGCCCUAAAUCUGUCAAAAAGGAAAAAACUGAACCUGUGGAUCUGGAAGCGGUGAGAAGGAAGAUUAGGAAUGACAAAGAAAGUCUUCGAUCUAUUUUUGAGAGAUCCUCCAAAUCUCCCAGCAGGGAACUCAAAGCCCCCACUGAAGCUAAUACGGAGGCCACGUCACCUGCGGACAGUGAGGACCGGACCCCGGGUCGUUUGCAGGCUGUGUGGCCACCACCCAAAUCCAAAGAUGAAGAAGAAAAGGUUGGGCUCAAGUACACAGAGGCAGAGCACCAGGCUGCCCUUCUGCAACUCAAGAGGGAAUGCAAGGAAGACUUGGAACGAAUGCACUCUGAUUUCGAGCUUGAACUCUUCCAACUUCGCGGCGAGCAUGCUGUUUCGAUAUCAAACCUUGAAGGCAUCAUUGCCAAGAUGCAAAAAGACAGGACCUACAAUGUGGAGGGCAAACAAACCCGAGACGUGGCUGUGUCGACUGCAGAUGACCCAACAAUCAAAACUUGGCGAACUGUGGGGAUCCAGACAGACAGAGAGACGUUCAUCAAAAGCCCAGAGGGCGAAGCGGGCGGUCUCGUUCAAACAGCCGGCCAGAACUUCCCGAAUAAACUUAACUUGGACUCUAUCGGACUCAAUCUGGGGAUUAAAACGGCUUCGGGGCCUGCCGGACCAGCCCCGCCUCCGCCACCCCUGCCAGGCUCUUUGGUACCGCCGCCACCACCUCCACCUCCCCUACCAGGCAUGACUGGAGCAGUGCCGCCGCCGCCAGCUUUACACGCCGGGGGUGGUCCACCACCACCGCCUCCCCCUCCUGGUCUACCUGGAGCAGGGCCUCCACCUCCUCCCCCUCCUCCAGGCGGCAACCCCCCACCACCUCCACUCAUGGGGGGGUUCAGUUUCAGAAGUAUCUUCGAAAAGCCCCCUCGGAAGCCCUCUAUCGAGCCUGCCUGUCCCAUGAAGCCUCUGUAUUGGACCAGGAUUCAAGUACAUGACGAUAACAACAAGACUUUGUGGGGCUCGCUAGAGGAGCCAGACAUCAUUGAUCCAAAAGAGUUUGAAGAGCUUUUCUCCAAGGCCACAACUCAGCCAAUGAAGAAACCUCUGUCGGAUACGUAUGAGAAGAAAGCAAAAACAAAGAAGAGAAUCAAGCUGCUGGACGGGAAGCGUUCGCAAGCUGUCGGCAUCCUUAUAUCAAGCCUGCAUUUGGAAAUGAAAGACAUUCAGCAAGCUGUUCUUACUGUCGAUAACUCUGUGGUGGAUUUGGAGACCAUUGAGGCUUUAUAUGAAAAUAGGGCUACUCCUGAUGAACUGACCAAAAUCAAGAAACAUUAUGAGACUUCCAAAGAGGACGAGGUCAAACUGCUGGACAAACCUGAACAGUUCCUGUAUGAGCUCUCCCAGAUUCCCAACUUUGCAGGUCGAGCGCACUGCAUCAUCUUCCGGUCGGUCUUCCUCGACACCAUCUCCUCCAUCCGCCGAAAGGUGGAGAUUAUAAAGAGCGUAUGCAAAGAAUUGCUGGAGUGCAAAAGUGUGAGCAAGGUAUUGGGUCUCGUUCUGGCCUUUGGGAAUUAUAUGAAUGGUGGCAACAGGACAAGAGGUCAGGCUGACGGUUUUACACUCGAGAUCCUCCCCAAAUUGAAGGACGUCAAGAGCAGGGAGAGUCACAUCAGUCUGGUGGAUUACGUGGUUUUGUACUACCUACGAAAUAUUGAUAGCGAUGCUGGUACUGAAAAGAGCGUCUACCCCUUGCUGGAACCACAACAAUUACUCCAGGCUGCACAGGUCAAAUUUGACGAUCUAACGAAGGAUCUCAGGAAGCUGAAAAAAGAUUUGACAGCUUGCGAGCAAGAUGUACGGAAGGUGUGUGCUGACUCGGCAGAACAACACCUCCAGCCAUUCAAACACAAUAUGGAAGGAUUUGUCUCCACUGCUAAAAAAGAGCAUUCUGUGGAAGAGGACUGCUUCAAUGGUGCACAGAAAAGUUUCCAGGAAAUGGUGAAAUACUUUGAGGUGAAACCAAAGUCGGGCGAUAAAGAAGUAACCCCAAGUCACGUCUUCAUGCUCUGGUACGAGUUCUGCAAUGACUUCAAGAACGCUUGGGUACGCCAAAGCAAGAACAUCUCCAAGGAGAGGUUGAAGGAAGCUCAAGAAAAAAUCCAGAAGAUCACAGAUGAGAAGCGAGUAGAAACCAAGAAGAUCAACGGCAACAGUCUGAAAGAGAGGCUGCGGCAAAAGGAGUCAAGUGUGUCAUCCACUUGAACGACCUGAACCCGAACAGCGCCGCCCCCCAACACCACCCCUUUGUGUACAGACAAAAUCUGUUGCAUGGCUGACACAAGCCCAAAUGAUGAGAAUCCUAAAGGCCAAAGGUGGAUCUCAUUCAUCCAGCAUGGUGUGACCUCUUAGUGGCCAGGUCUCAAUGGGUCACCUCUUGGUUCUGCUGACACAUCCAUCAGGUUCCUCCUGGAGAAUGGCUUUGGUUCCUCAUCCGUGCUGACAAUCACUUAAAGCUUACUUGUACUGCUGCCGUUUGGAAUGAUGCCUAACACUUUCCUGUGUCCUUUGCUAUUGAAUGUGCAUUCAAAGCUGCUAAUCCCUCACUUGCACAUUGCGUGACACUUUUAAGCACUUGCAAUAAAUAAGUUGCCCCACCAGCCUAGUAUAGUUACUAUGCCUAUUUUAAUGUAUGAGCUUGUAAAUGUCUCAAGUUUUUGAUGAUGUUGCUGUGUCAAAAACGCAUAUAUUGUAUAUAAGAAUGUUUUUGUUUUUAUGUACAGAGACAUCAACUAUUGGAGGGUGUAGUUUUUUUUCAAAUGUAGGAUUUAAUCAAGAGAGAAGCUGAACGAGAGUAUAUUUUUGCAUGCACGUCGCCUGUAAAGCGGGAGCUUUUUUAGAUUGCUUUGACAAUGCAGGGUUUGGAAUAUUUCAGCACAAAGCUAUGAUCAUCAUAAUACCUCAGAGAUACCUUGAUUAAUUAUCAAAGUGCAUAUAAAGAUGCAUGUCUGGUGAUAUUUUUACCCUGUGCCAUUUAUUUUGUAUGAAAAUCAAAAUAUUGUAAAACUGGAAUAACACAAGAAGGCGAGUCUUCUACUGUAUGUAUAAUGGUGCAACUCUGUAAUUUUAUGGAAUUGUUUUAAAUUUCAAAAAUAAAAUCCUGGAGGCUGA